AUGCCCUCCAACAUGGACCCUACCACAGAGGCCCAGCCCGCUAGCCGCUCGCGGAGAGCCGAGCAAUCAGAGCGGCACAGCAACAACUCAGCUUCACAAUCAACACCGCCCAGUUAUGGAUAUCACAACACCUUUCACACACAUGCAACCCCAGUAUUGGCGUCUCCGCCAUCUUAUGAAGUCGCAAACAGCGCUAAGACGCUCACGUGGGCAUACACGAAGCACAUGGAAGAGGCGGAGCAGCUUUGGAACAAUACAUCACCCCCACCCUACGAAUGCACGGUUUUCAAAGGCGGCAUCAUGGGAAUGAAGCAAGAGCUGACGGCCAUUUUUCAAGUGUCGCGGUCACGAGACUGGCACGAUGUCUAUGUGGUUUUGGAAGGAACCCAGCUCAACGUACACCGCGUAAAGUCGCCCGGCAUCCUCAGCAAGCACCGCUCGCCUGUACCAGGGCGCUUGAUCCGGUCGUUCACGCUGCAGCAUUCCGAAAUUGGUGUGGCGUCGGAUUUCAAAAAGACCCCGCUGACGCCAAAAUCUCCGUUCGCACAUCUGGUCCCGGGCUCCGCGCGUCACAAGUUGUAUGAAACUGACCCUCAUCUAUUCGAACCCGUCCGUGAACACGUCAUCCGAUUGCGAUUGGAGACCGAACAGUUCUUGCUAUGCGCUAGCUCCCAAGAGGAGAUGCUCGACUGGUCGGAGAAGUUGUGUGCAGCUAUCGAUAUCAGCCAGCCGUUGGAGGACCGGAGCGAACCCCGCUAUCGCAGCUUGCCCAGACGAAGCCGACGACAGCGCGUGCUCGACGGAUCUCGCCUUGGCGAAAACCUCGAGAACUUGUCCAGUCUGGAGGCCGGUCGCCGCAUGAUCGCAGAGCAGGAGGAGAUCAUUCGCCAGCUUUAUCCCCAUCUAGCUGGCACCUCGAGUGCUCCUCAGUUGCCUGAUUUGGACUUGUCUAAUGCGCCCGCAGACGCAGACCGAGAAGAAUUUGACGCUGAGGAUGUGCGCUUCCCUUCGCGGAGGCCCGGCAGCUCUUCGCUGAGCCGAACUGUAUCUAAUGAGGAAACCGCCAUCGAAGACCGUCCUACAACUAGGGAGAUGUAUCCGGAUCCGAAAGACGCCCCUAUGAUCCGCCCAAGCCAGUCCCAGAUUCUCCGCUACCGUCGACGAUGCGCGCCCGCGUUGCUUGCCUGCUCCCCGCGGGUGAGCGACGUUGUAAUGUGCGGCGGUGAACGCGUGCGCAUCAACACCAGAGAGAACGUCCUAGUCACGUACACCUCGCACCCACCCCGGUACGACGCGCAUAACUUCCCGAAGGCCAAACGGGCACCGAAGGUUCCAAAGCCCAUCCCUGCCCCCAUCCAUGUGGAAAGGCCCUCGUCUCCUCUCCGUGGUGUAAGCGACACUUCCAUCGAAUCAUUCGGCUACGACCUGUCCUCCACCUCUUCCGACUCGGCUGCCGAAGAGAUCCGCGCUGGUGCUCCCUCUGAGCCGCCGUCGCCCACGGCACUCACACAAGCCAAGGCCGAUGCAGCUCGCCAGCUUGUCUCUAUCGGCAAGCACAGACGAAGCGGCGACGAGGUCAGAGAGACGGGCAUGAGCGCUAUGGCUCUCGGCGUCGCGGGUCUCAUGGUCUAA